AUGAGUGAAUCGUCACAGCCGGGGACGCCGUCUGCUGGCGUCCAGCGGGAAUCAGGCUCCGCAAGAACAGCUUUACCUUCUCGGCCCAUGUCGAGUAAAAAUCGCGAAACUACACCAUCUGGGGCCAUCAGCUCAGCUCGAUCUUCGGUUGAACACGAUGGUUACAAACCCAAGAAUGCUGAGGGAAAUGCCCCUUCGAAUUCAAACGAUAGCCCAGGCAAAGACGAAGAGGUAUCGUCAAGUGGAGGCAGCCCAAGAAGCACGUCAAGCGUGCCUAGAAUUAAAAAACUGGUAUUAUCUGGGGUAAAUGCCCAAGGACAAGGUGGACAAAUCUGCAGCAACUGCAACACCACUCGCACUCCCCUCUGGAGGAGAUCUCCGCAAGGGGCUACCAUCUGCAACGCGUGUGGCUUGUACCUAAAAGCUCGAAAUGCUUCUAGGCCGACAAGUCUGAAAAAGCCCCCGAAUCUGGUAUCUGCUGGCGGUUCGGCUCAACCUCCUGCAAAGUCGAGCUCCUAUUCUCCACAAAAGCUGCUGCCAAACGUCGCUGGUGCAACCUAUGUGGCCGCCGAUGCAACUCAAUCGGGCACCUGUCCAGGCGGUGGCCGCUGCAACGGCACUGGCGGCGCCGAGGGCUGUAACGGCUGUCCUGCAUACAACAACCGCAUGUCCAAGAGCGCUCAGCUCAACGUUGGGCAGCGGCAAGGCGGAUGCCACGGCCGGGUGGAAACCAAGAAUGAACCCGUUCCAAUCGACGUCAAUGCCCUCCAAGCGCAAGAUAGAGACACGACUGUAAUCAUUGCGUGCCAGAACUGCGGGACAACAAUCACGCCGCUUUGGAGGAGAGAUGAGGGUGGGCAUACUAUCUGCAAUGCCUGUGGUCUAUAUUACAAGCUCCAUGGCGUGCACAGACCAGUGACUAUGAAAAAAGCCACCAUCAAACGACGGAAACGCGUGAUACCUGCGGCCCAUGAUGAGGACAUGGAUGAAGGCAUGGAGGACAUUGAAAGUCAUCUGGAGCAAACUCCAGAGAGAGGAACCAUGAAUGAAGAUGGAUCUAUAAAUCUAGGUCUUCGACGGCGCCCCGGCCACCCCCUGACCAUCGAACCGGAGCCGGCCAUGCGAUCGAGUCGAAAUACUUCGCCAUUACCGUCUGCGUCUGCGUCGGAUCUUGCAUUCUAUCACCAGCAUAACACCGGUUCACGUAGUGUGCCGCCUUCUCUCAACGACGAGAAUAAAUUAGCGCCGCUUGCCCCCAUGAACUCGACUAUAGCCGACGACAGGCAAUCGUCCCUAUCCCCCGCCUCCUUUAUUUCCUCGGCACGAAAACGAUCCUUCUCCGCCACAGAGGCAGAUUCCGACAACGGUGCAGAUAACGGCCACGAAAGCGCCAAAAGGAUUUCGUCCAUCAGAUCCAUUCUUAAUCCAUCAACAGCUGCCGAGGAGUCACCAGUUGCCGGUCCCACAAGUGCGGAUCGUGGAGAAUAUGCGCUACCGCCGCUGAGAUCUCCUGGGGCAAGCAUGUCCCCGAGACUACCAGGCGCCGGCGGAUUUACGCCACUUAAUGCAAUGUCCAGACCUCGAGAUGCCGAUACGGAGAAUGAACGAAUAAAGGCAGAGCGCAGGGCAUUACUAAAACAAGAGGCUGAAAGAAUGCGAGAAAUGCUCGCGGCAAAAGAACGCGAACUUAUGGAACUAGGA